AUGGUUUCUCCCAUUCUGGGUAAAACCCUCCCUCAUUCCAGGAAGAUCCAUCAGAGAUCAGACUCACCUGAACCCAGCUGUGUUUCCUUGAAGAGUGACGGUUCAAAACACUUCUUUUUAGACUUUAAAGGACAAAUUUCCCCUGAUGAUCAGAGGAUCCAUCAGAGAUCAGACUCACCUGAACCCAGCUGUGUUUCCUUGAAGAGUGACGGUUCAAAACACUUCUUUUUAGACUUUAAAGGACAAAUUUCCCCUGAUGAUCAGAGAGUGAAGCAGCAGAGUUUAAAUGUUCUCAGUGAUCAGUCUGUUCAUCAGCAUCAAACACAGCAGGACUCCAUAUUUAAGCUGCUGGAGGACAACAUUGUCACUUUUGUGAAGAAGGAGCUGAAGAAGAUUCAGAGAGAUCUGAGUCCAGAUUACCCAGAAUGCUUAGAGAGUCAGAGGGAGGAUGAGGAGUUGUUGGAGGGUGAGGAUGAAGAGCAGAGGAGGAGCAGCAGAGAGGCAUUUGUGAAGAUCACACUGAACUUCCUGAGGAGAAUGAAGCAGGAGGAGCUGGCUGAUCGUCUGGAGAGAAAACAUGUUGCUGCAGUUUGUCAACGUGGACUUAAAUCUAGUCUGAAGGAGAAGUUCCAGUGUGUGUUUGAGGGGAUUGCUAAAGCAGGAAACUCAACUCUUCUGAAUGAGAUCUACACAGAGCUCUACAUCACAGAGGGAGAGACUGCAGAGGUCAAUCAUGAACAUGAGGUCAGACAGAUUGAAACAGCAUCCAGGAAACUAGAUAGACCAAAAACAACCAUCAGACCAGGAGACAUCUUUAAAGCCUCACCUGGAAGACAUGGAUCAAUCAGAAGAGUGAUGACAAAGGGAGUGGCUGGCAUUGGGAAAACAGUCUUAACACAGAAGUUCACUCUGGACUGGGCUGAAGACAAAGCCAACCAGGACAUCCACUUCACAUUUCCAUUGACUUUCAGAGAGCUGAAUGUGUUGAAAGAGAGAAAGUUCAGUUUGGUGGAACUUGUUCAUCACUUCUUCACUGAAACCAAAGAAGCAGGAAUCUGCAGGUUUGAAGAGUUCCAGGUUGUGUUCAUCUUUGACGGUCUGGAUGAGUGUCGACUUCCUCUGGACUUCCACAACAAUAAGAUCCUGACUGAUGUUACAGAGUCCACCUCAGUGGAUGUGCUGCUGACAAACCUCAUCAGGGGGAAACUGCUUCCCUCUGCUCACCUCUGGAUAACCACACGACCUGCAGCAGCCAAUCAGAUCCCUCCUGAGUGUGUUGACAUGGUGACAGAGGUCAGAGGGUUCAAUGACCCCCAGAAGGAGGAGUACUUCAGGAAGAGGUUCAAAAAAAAGAAGGCUAAAAAGAUUAUCUCCCACAUCAAGACAUCGCAAAGCCUCCACAUCAUGUGUCACAUCCCAGUCUUUUGCUGGAUCUCUGCUACAGUUCUGGAGGAUGUGUUGAAAACCAGAGAGGGAGGAGAGCUGCCCAAGACCCUGACUGAGAUGUACAUCCACUUCCUGGUGGUUCAGACCAAAGUGAAGAAGGUCAAGUAUGAUGGAGGAUCUGAGACAGAUCCACACUGGAGUCCAGAGACCAGGAAGAUGAUUGAGUCUCUGGGAAAACUGGCUUUUGAUCAGCUGCUGAAAGGAAACCUGAUCUUCUAUGAAUCAGACCUGACAGAGUGUGGCAUCGAUAUCAGAGCAGCCUCAGUGUACUCAGGAGUGUUGACACAGAUCUUUAAAGAGGAGAGAGGACUGUAUCAGGACAAGGUUUUCAGCUUCGUCCAUCUGAGUGUUCAGGAGUUUCUGGCUGCUCUACAUGUUCAUCAGACCUUCAUCAACUCGUCUGUCAAUCUGAUGGAAGAACAACAAACUACUUCCUGGAAGUCUAACAUGUUUAACAAACUAAAUCUAACACAUCUCCACCAGAGUGCUGUGAACAAAGCCUUACAGAGUCCAAAUGGACACCUGGACUUGUUCCUCCGCUUCCUCCUAGGUCUUUCACUGGAGACCAACCAGACUCUUCUACGAGGCCUGAUGAAACAGACAAAAAGCUCAAAGACUGAGGAAACAGUCCAGUUCAUCAAGAAGAAGAUCAGUGAGGAUCUGUCUGUAGAGAGAAAUAUCAACUUGUUCCACUGUCUGAAUGAAGUAAAUGAUCGUUCUCUAGUGGAGGAGAUCCAACAGUCCCUGAAAUCAGGACGUCUCUCCACUGAUAAACUGUCUCCUGCUCAGUGGUCAGCUCUGGUCUUCAUCUUACUGUCAUCAGAAAAUAAUCUGGAUGAGUUUGACCUGAAGAAAUACUUUCCUUCAGAGAAAUCUCUUCUGAGGCUGCUGCCAGUGGUCAAAGCCUCCAAGAAAGCUCUACUCAGUGACUGUAAACUCUCAAAAAGAAGCUGUGAAGCUCUGUCCUCAGUUCUCAGCUCCCAGUCCUCUAAUCUGACAGAACUGGACCUGAGUAACAACGACCUGCAGGAUUCAGGAGUGAAGCAGCUGUGCACUGGACUGAAGAGUCCAGACUGUAAACUGGAGACUCUGAGACUGAUUGGUUGCAGUUUAUUAGAGAUCAGCUGUGAUUCUCUGGGUUCAGCUCUGAAGUCCAACCCCUCCCAUCUGAAACAUCUGGAUCUGAGUGAAAACAACAACCUGAAGGAUCCAGGAGUGAAACAUCUUUGUGUUUUUCUGAAGAGUCCAGACUGUAGACUGGAGACUCUGAGUUUGAUUGGCUGCAGUUUGUCAAAGAUCAGCUGUGAUUCUCUGGUCUCAGCUCUGAAGUCCAACCCCUCCCAUCUGAAACAUCUGGACCUGAGUUACAACAACCUGAAGGAAUCAAAUGUGGUGAUAGGCCUCCCUUACCUCUGGGUGAGGAGGACUUCCUUCAAGUCACUGUCUGACCCGGAGCAUUGA